AUGAAAAACUUUGGCAAUCUCAAGUUCUUUCUUGGUAUUGAGUUUGUUAGGAUGAAGGAGGGGUAUGUUAUGAGUCAACACAAAUAUGCGUUGGAGCUUGUAUCUGAAUUAGGAUUGAGUGGUACUAAGCCAGUGUACACACUACUUGAUCCAAAUUUAAGACUGACUUCAAUAGAGUAUGAUGCUCAUAUAGAAGGUUCAAAUUCAGCAUCAGAUGAUAAACCAUUGAAAGAUGUUGGAAAAUAUCAGAGAGUGGUUGAAUACAUUAAGUCAGCUUCUGGACUUGGUUUAUUCAUGCCAUCUCAAGAGACAGAUGUGCUAACAACAUUCUAUGACUCAGAUUGGGAAACUUGCUUACAAACUAGAAGAUCAGUGACAAGUUAUAUGGUUAAGUUUGAAAAUGUUAUUGUGUCUUGGAAAUCUAAGAAGCAGGAGAUUGUGGCAUGGACUUCAGCUAAAGCUGAAUUUAGGAGUAUGGCAUCAAUUGUUGCAGAAAUCACUUGGCUCAUUGGAGUAUAUAAGGAGUUAGGGGUGGAUGUACAACAACCAAUAAAACUAUUUUGUGAUAGUAAAGCUGCAAUAAAAUUGCAGCAAACUCAAUUUUUCAUCAAAGAACAAAAUACUUUGUUAUUGAUUGCCACUUGUUAG